GGGCCACAUGCACACACCACUCUCCACCAGUUGCUCUAUAAAACUGCAGGAGUAUCUCACAUCCUUCACAGAAGACCUAGACUAGCCAAACAAGUGCAGUCAAAAAGGACACCUGGUGAGUAACUUCCAUAGGUAGUUUUUAUGGGAAUGGCCACAACCGCUUAGUUUCCUUGGAAAUCCCAUCAGCAGGAUAUGAAGAAGUGUUGUUGGCUAUAGUAUUUGGUAUUCAGAUCUAGAGGCUCUCUCUAAGUGAGAAGUUUUUUGAGAUAUUGGGACUCAUGAAAAUUAAGGGGGGAAUCUUCAUUAUUUUAUAUGAUUCUUAUUUUUGGCAUUUCUAGGUCCUGCCCCCCUUAGAGCCAAACUAGACAAUAUCAUAAAAUGCAUGGCUUCGUUUCACAUAUCUGGGGUGUGUUGUGGUAAAAUAACAGCUGUGGAGAAACCUGAUUGGGAGUUACUCCUUUGUCACUGUGCUGUGUUCUUAAGAACCGUCCCCUCACCCCUGAAGCCUCUAUUUGCUGCAGAAGGAACAUUAAUCUUGCCUUCCCACCAUAUUCCAGAAGAUGACUGAGGUUUCCCAGCUGCUCUUUAGUUUUAAUUCAAUAUUUAUUAGAUGUCACAGAUUCCCUCUUGAGGGCUUAGGGUGGGUGGGCAGUCUUCUGAACAUUGUGGGAUAGGGUAGGAAAGGAAAGGAUGAAGAACAGCCAAGCUGAAAACUUCAUCAAGUUAAUGAUGUUGGGUCCCAAGCCAGAAUCUUCUCUGCACCCCAGUUCACACUGCUUAGGAGCCCCUCUCCCAACUGAGCCUCAGGGGAACCACCAGAGAUGCUCCAUCAGAGUAUCUUAGUGAUCAAGGUGCAGCAUAAGGAAUCGUAGUCCUCUUUUUAGAAGAAUGGCAGAGAUUGCAUGAGAGCAUCUGUUCUACUAACCAGAACUUCCUCUUCUUUGAUUUUCCCUCCUCAGCUGAAGAUGAGCCAUAUCACUUUCUUCCAUCUCUCCAUUUUGGGCUUCCUGGCUGCCUGCCUCUUUCUGCAAGGUACAUCCCAGCUGGGCUCCUCCAUCUCUGGCUGAGAAAGGCCAAGCAAACUAUAGUAGUUCUCGGGAGGAAUGGCAUGGCUUGAUGCCUAGCCAAGUGGGGUUUCUGCCGCGCUUGAGUCAAUGUGCAGGUACAGGGGGCACAGAGAGAAGAAGAGUCCCUUUUAACUUUCCAUCAGGGAAGCGGGGCAUUCGUGAUAAUAAUAAUAAUAAUAAUUUUUUAUUUAUAUCCCGCCCUCCCCAGCCCAAGCUGGGCUCAGAGUGGCUAAACAAUAACAGUACUAACAAUUACUAACAAUAAAAGUAACACAAUUUACAUAAAAUCACAAUCAAUUGAUUGACAUGCAUUCCAAAACCAAUUCAAAAUCAAAUUAAUGGCAACCAGAGUUCUACGAGGAUCACCAAAGGAGGCGGUCAGACUGUGCCUUGGCCAAAGGCCUGGUGGAACAGCUCCAUCUGGCAGGCCCUGCGGAAAGAUGUCAAGUCCCACAGGGCCCUGGUCUCUUGGGACAGAGCGUUCCACCAAGUCGGGGCCACGGCCGAAAAAGCCCUGGCUCUGGUUGAGGCCAGCCUAACCUCCCCGUGGCCCAGGAUCUCCAAGAUGUUUUUGUUUGAAGACCGUAAGGUCCUCCGUGGAACAUACCUGGAGAGGCGGUCCCAUAGGUAUGAGGGUCCUAGGCUGUAUAGGGCUUUAAAGGUUAAAACCAGCACCUUAAACCUCCUCCAGGAGAAUAUCAUGCUAAGCAUGAUGGUCGGCAGUGCUGGAGAUAGUUUGGAAGGGCUGUCCAGCGCAGCCAAAGAAAGAACAUAAAAAGGGCUCGCUGGUUCAGGUCAAUGGUCCAUCUAGUCUAGCAUCCUUUUCUCAUAGUGGCCGAACAAAAGCCAGCAAGCAGAAGACGAGCACAAGAGCUCUCUCCCCUCCUGUGGUUCCUACCAAGUUUGAUUCGGAAGGCUGCCUCGAGCUGUGGAGACAGAGCAGAGCCAUCAUGGCUGGUAGAUUCUCCAUAAAUGAGCUACAUGAAUAUUCAAAUGCAACUUUCUAGCCCGCUAGGAGUUUGGGGAGUUUGGGGGUAAGGUGGACAGAGGAAGUUUUCUGAGACUCUCACCUCAAUAUCUGUCUGGUGAAAAUGUUGCUCGAAGACCUUUCUGAUGGUAAGAGCUGUUUGACAGCGGAACAGGCUUUCAUUUGAGGUUCUGAAACGGAGGCUGGAUGGCCACCUGUCAGGGAUUAUUUAGUUGUGAUUCAUGCAUUUCAGGGGAUUGGAUUAGAUGACCCUUGGGUCCCAUACUAAAACAACUAAAACUAAAACUAAAACUAAAACUAAAACUAAAACUUUUAUUAUUUAAGCCCUGCCCAUCUGGAUCGGUUUCCCCUGCCACUCUGAGCGGCUUCCAAAAGAACGUUAAAAACGCAAUGAAACAUCAAACAUUCAAAACUUCCCUAAACAGGUUUGCCAUCAGAUGUCUUCUAAACAUUGUGUAGUUCUUUAUCUCCUUGACAUCUGAUGGGAGGGCAUUCCACAGGGUGGGAACCACCAGUGAGAGAACCAGGCAGAGGGCCUUCUCGGUGGUGGCGCCCGCCCUGUGGAAUGGCCUCCCAUCAGAUGUCAAGGAGAUAAACAACUAUCUGACUUUUAGAAGAGAUCUGAAGGCAGACCUGUUUAGGGAAGCUUUUAAUAUUUGGUAAAUUAUUGUGUUUUCAUAUUUUGCUGGAAGCUGCGCAGAGUGGCUGGGCAAACCCAGCCAGAUGGGUGGGGUAUGAAUAAAUUAUUAUUUUUAUUAUUGUUGUUAUUGUUACUGUUGUUAUUGUUCAGUAAGUGUCUUUUUGCACAAAUCCUUGCUUCUCAAUAGCACAGAUAUUAGAUCCCCAUUCCCACAGGUCCUCAGCAUCCUUGAGAUUGUGCCGGCCACACAGCCUUUCAGGUCUCACCCCUAGGUCCUGGGUGAGGCCCCUCUCCACUUCCUGCAAAUAGUCCGGAUUCUGACCCAGCCACCUCCUCCACAAACUUGACAUUGUGUUCCCUCUCCUCCGACAGGCACGGAAGCAUAUAGGUGCCCCCAGGACUGGAUCAACUUUCAGAGGCAUUGCUAUUCAUUAAAGAAAAUUGCGCGGAAUUGGUAUGAUGCGGAGGUAAGGAGAGAUUCUUGGAAGCCCUGUGUAGCAAAUUCCUCCAGACACCAUGUUUCCCACCCACCCUUCCUCUCCUCCCUGGCAAGCAACUCACAGCAAAUGAAGCAUAGUCUUGGAAUACAAAGUUAUCCCUGCAUAUGUCACAUGGCAGGUUAAAAAAAAAAUGAAAGAAAGAUGAUGACGCUGCUAUAAAGGUGAAAGAUACUCAGAGUCGAGUGUGGAUUUCAUGCUCUUUAAUCAGGUCAUAGUAGUGAGGAAUGGGAGUUCCCCCGAAAUGUCUGGUUUAUAUACAUUAUUUACACAUUGGGCCCCACAUGAUUGGCUAAUUCCAGGAUUCUCCUGUAGGGCAAUCAGGUUGCGGAUUCACUUCCACCUGGAGCUGGAUUGGGUGGCUCCUGCGGACCAAUCAGACUGCUGCAUUUUGGAUCCUAUCAUUCUAGGACCAAUCAGACUGCUGCAUUUUGGAUCCUAUCAUUCUAGGACCAAUCAGACUGCUGCAUUCUGAAUCCUAUUGUUCUUGGACCAAUCAGACUGCUGCAUUCUGAAUCCUAUUUUUCUAGGACCAAUCGGACUGCUGCAUUUUGAAUCCUAUUCAACUCAGUACAUAACAAAAGGAAUAUAUAAAACUGGUUUCUCAAUGAAGAGUAGAAACCAGUUGAUUAUUUUCCUCCUGAAUCAGAAGAUAAGGCUCACAUCCGCACCACACAUUUAAAACACUCCUUUACCAUAGUGACAAUUCUGGGUAAUCCUGGGAACUGCAGUCUGAUAAGGAUGCUGGAAAUUGGAGCUCUGUGACAUCAGCACCCUUAACAAACUACAUUUCCCAGGAUUCUCUGCAGGCAGCCAUGACUGCCUAAGCGGUUACCUCCCUACGAGAAGUGAGGUUACAGGGAACCAGGCAGGGGGCCUUCUCGGUAGUGGCACCCGCCCUGUGGAACACCCUCCCUUCAGAUGUCAAAGAAAUAAACAGCCAUCUGACUUAUAGAAGACAUCUGAAGGCAGCCCUGUUUAGGGAAGUUUUUAAUGUUCAAUGCUCUAUUGUGCUUUUAAUUCUGUUGUAAGCUAGAUGAGCGCGGUAUAAAUAAUAUAUUAUUAUUAUUAUUAUUAUUAUUGAAGAGUGCUUUAGUGUAUGUCAUGAAUGCCGAAGAAAUACAAGCAAAAAGCACACCAAGAACUCUGGCCAAUAUAAGUUUCAGCAGUGGGAGAGGUCCCUACUCGCAAAUCGAUACUCAGUUGUAACAAAAACUAAUCCAUUCAAAAGUAUGUAUUCUGACAAGGAUUACAAACUCAAACAGAGAUUACAAACUCAAACUCAUAAGGAUAUGUAUAACACAAUAAUUCAUUAUAGAAUUAGAGAUAAAAGUUUAUGAGUAAAGAUAAGUUCAUGUUAGUCCAUAGUCUGAUUCGAUGUGAAAGUCUUAGUUUCUGUCAUUGAGCAGAAGUCAGAAGUCAAUUAUGAACUAGAAACCAGGACAGGGCCCUGUUUCGAUGUCUUCAUCUUCAUCAGCUAAUUUUUAAGGGGUGGUGUAAGAUUGAGGGUGUGUGUGUUUCUUUGUGGCUGAUUAGCUGAUCUCCCUGUGCAAAGGUCAGAGGGGGCAGGGUUUCUGUUGAGGCAGGUGAUUAGCUGUGGGAGGAGCUUAUCAGAGCUUGCAGGGCAGCAGCAGUUUGAUCCAUCUUUUAGAUUUAGGGGAGCUAGUCUCAAACGUUUGUUGGGGGAGACCUAGGUUUUUUUGUGGGGGGAGUUAUUUGUCCUGUCUUCACGCUUUUUAUGAUGGAGGACCGCUGUAGCCACCCCCAACGACACGUUCUCAAGAUGGAGGAGGGAACAGCUGCAGUCGCCUGCGGUUCCUGCGCAAUGUUUGCCAUCUUGCCAAAGGUUGCAGGCAGCUUUACCUGCAGCAAUUGCAUGUUGAUUGCCCUCUUAGAAGACAAAGUCCAGCAACUGGAGGAACGUGUAGCUACGCUCCAAAGAAUUAGAGAGCUGGAGCUCUUCUUGGAAGCAACAGAGCACACCGUCUCCACCAAGGAGGAGACAGGGGACUCCCCUGAGAAGGAUGCUAGUUCACCAACACAGGAGCUAGAUGGAGAAAUGUGACUCAAAGAAGUAGGAGGCCCAGGGUUCGCUCUGAUUGUUUAGAAAUACACAGUCGCUUUGAGGUCCUCUCCCUUAGCAUGGAAGACGAAGAGCAGACUCCAUUUGAGGAUCUCUCCCUCAUUACAGUCGAUCAGGUAUAUGAAGACGAGCAGCAAAGUCAGUCCUCAGGGAAUGUGCAGGUGACCUUGGAACGGACAGCUCACGGAAGAACCCCGACCAAACCUAAGAGGAAGCAGUGAUCUGUGGGCCUGACAAGAUGUCUCAGGAAGUGUGCUGUCUCCCCGGGGCUAAGAUCCAAGAUGUACCGUAUUUUUCGCUCCAUAGGACGCACUUUUUCCCCUCCAAAAAUGAAGGGGAAAUGUGUGUGCGUCCUAUGGAGCGAAUGCAGGCUUUCGCUGAAGCCUGGAGAGCGAGAGGCAUCGGUGCGCACCGACCCCUCUCGCUCUCCAGGCUUCAGGAAGCUAUCCGCAAGCCUUGCAAGCCCGGUGGGAGUUCCCGCGGGCUCACAAGGCUUGCAGGCAGCAGCCUGCAGCCCCGGCGAGUGUCCGCAAGCCUUGCGCGCCCGGCAGGAGGUCCCGCCGGCGCGCGAGGCUUGGGGCAGCAGCCUGUCGCCCGAAGCACGGGGAGCCCUCCGGAGGGCUCCCGUGCUUCGGGCAGUGUCUGCAAGCCUUGCGCGCCCGGCAGGAGGUCCCGCCCAGCGCGCAAGGCUUGGGGCGGCAGCCUGUCGCCCGAAGCACGGGAGCCCUCCGGAGGGCUCCCGUGCUUCGGGCGAGUGUCUGCAAGCCUUGCGCGCCCGGCAGGAGGUCCCGCCCAGCGCGCAAGGCUUGGGGCGGCAGCCUGUCGCCCGAGCACGGGAGCCCUCCGGAGGGCUCCCGUGCUCGGCGAGUGUCUGCAAGCCUUGCGCGCCCGGCAGGAGGUCCCGCCCGGCGCGCAAGGCUUGGGCGGCAGCCUGUCGCCCGAAGCACGGGAGCCCUCCGGAGGGCUCCCGUGCUUCGGCGAGUGUCUGCAAGCCUUGCGCGCCCGGCGGGAGGUCCCGCCCAGCGCGCAAGGCUUGGGGCUGCAGCCUGUCGCCCGAGCACGGGAGCCCUCCGGAGGGCUCCCCGUGCUUCGGGCGAGUGUCUGCAAGCCUUGCGCGCCCGGCGGGAGGUCCCGCCCGGCGCGCAAGGCUGGGGCUGCAGCCUGUCGCCCGAAGCACGGGAGCCCUCCGGAGGGCUCCCGUGCUCGGGCGAGUGUCUGCAAGCCUUGCGCGCCCGGCGGGAGGUCCCGCCCGGCGCGCAAGGCUGGGGCUGCAGCUUGUCGCCCGAAGCACGGGGAGCCCUCCGGAGGGCUCCCGUGCUUCGGGCAGUGUCUGCAAGCCUUGCGCGCCCGGCGGGAGGUCCCGCCCGGCGCGCAAGGCUAGGGCUGCAGCUUGUCGCCCGAAGCACGGGAGCCCUCCGGAGGGCUCCCGUGCUUCGGGCAGUGUCUGCAAGCCUUGCGCGCCCGGCGGGAGGUCCCGCCCGGCGCGCAAGGCUGGGGCUGCAGCCUGUCGCCCGAAGCACGGGAGCCCUCCGGAGGGCUCCCGUGCUUGGCGAGUGUCUGCAAGCCUCGCGCGCCCGGUGGGAGGUCCCGCUGAGCGCGCGAGGCUUGGGCGGUCAGCCUGCAGCCCGAAGCACGCGAGGCUUGGGGCGGCAGCCGCGGGGGGAUAAUUUUUUUUUAUUCAUUCCCCCCCCCAAAAAAACGAGGUGCGUCCUAUGGACCGGUGCGUCCUAUAGAACGAAAAAUACGGUAACUGAACGACUGCAAGGAAUCAUAAAACCCACUGACAAAUACCCCUUCCUAUUGGUUCAUGUGGGAACCAAUGACACUGCAAGCAAUAGCCUCCAGAAGAUCAAAAGAGACUACGAGGCUCUGGGAAGGAAAUUGAAGCAAUUAAAUGCACAAAUUGGCAUCUCAUCUGUCCUCCCAGUUGAACGACGUGGCCCAGGGAGAGAGGGAAAAAUAGUGGAAGUGAACAGCUGGCUUCGCAAAUGCUGUAAACAGGAACGGUUUGGAUUCUUAGAUCACGGACUGCAGUUACUUGAAGAUGGACUUCUGGCAAGCGAUGGGCUGCACCUCACAACGGUUGGGAGGAAUGUUUUUGCCAAAAAUCUCAGAAACCUCAUCAGGAGGGCUUUAAACUGACUAAUGUGGGGAGGGAGACAGUGCUCCUGAAGGUAGGAGUCUAUCAAUUGAUGAAGAUGAUCAUCCAAAUGUCAUAGACCAAAUGGAGCAAACAGCACGCAGACCUAGUGGUGGGAGGAAAAAAUCCUUAAAUAAGAGACACGGGGGAAUGAUUAAUGUCUGUACACUAAUGCGCAAAGCAUGGGAAAUAAACAAGAUGAGCUUGAGUUCUUGGUACAGCAAACUAAAUAUGACAUAAUAGGCAUCACUGAAACCUGGUGGGAUAAGCCCCACGAUUGGAAUGUAAUAAUGGGGGGAUACAAUCUAUUUCAGAGAAACAGACCAGACAAGAAAGGAGGAGGAGUGGCGUUAUAUGUCAGGGAUGUGUAUACCUGUGAAGAGAUCCAAGAUUUAGAAUCUCAAAGCCAAAUUGAGAGCAUUUGGGUCAAAAUUAAGGGAGAGAAGAAUAACAGUGACCUCAUUGUGGGAGUUUACUAUAGAUCCCCAAGCCAAACGGAGAACAUAGAUGAUGCCUUCCUGGAACAGAUGGCCAAGCAUGCAAAAGGAAGGGAGAUAGUAGUAAUGGGGGACUUCAAUUACCCGGAUAUUUGUUGGAUGUCAAACUCAGCCAAGAGCAUAAGGUCAAACAGAUUGCUCACUGGUCUUGCAGACAACUUCAUUGUCCAGAAAGUGGGAGAAGCAACAAGAGGAACAGCCAUUUUAGAUCUGGUCCUAACCAAUGUUGAUGACCUGGUUAGUGGGGUAGAAGUGGAAGGAUCAUUAGGCGCGAGUGAUCAUGCUCUUCUGGACUUCCGGGGUGGCGCCAUCGGCAAUGGCGGACUCCCUCUGAACUGGAGGGACUAGCUCCGCGGGAAACGGGUCUCUCCGCUACGGCGAAGCGGGGACCCUUUCAAAAAUCACAGGCGGAUGAAGCCUGUGACCAUGGGACUCGGCGGGCACCUUUAGCGCCCCCCCAACUCGCUAAGGAACCCACUAACGGGCUCCAAAGUGAAGAGGGGGAAGUGGAGCGGUGCUGUGAGUCAACUGCUAUUUCCGUGGAGCGAAGCCGCAUAGCCGUUGCCGGAGAGCGCUGCCUUUUUCCUGGGACAAUUUGGACUCUAAAAUAAGCACCCGUGAGUACUUAGAUUUUGAACAACUGGACAUUAGAUGGGGACUUGCGAGCAGAAAGGAAUUGGAUCUUAAAAAUCUAUUUCAAUUUGGUACGGAACGGGAAGGUCUAAACAGGAAGUCAGCCUUCCAUUCUUCUGUAGACAGAAUAAAGCAAAGACAACAUAAACUAGAGCUCAGAAAAUCGCUUUUAAAGGAUUGGAUUUCAUCAUUUAAAAUUGUGGAACCCCACUUCGACAGCAGAAGAAGAAGGGGGAUCUUUUUUGGACUGUUUAAAGUGAGUUUAAAGUAAAGCAACUUUCCUCCGUCCUGAUCCUGGAGCGGGGUGUCAGGACUGACGUUUGAAGUUCAUUGACCAGAGACAAACGUUUUUGACAGAUAGCUAAAAGAAGAGAAACAUAGUGAUUCCACUGUUUCCUUUCGCAUUUCAAAGGAACAAAUAUUGACAAAGUAUCUUAAAAAGGGAAACUUUGUUGCAAGAUCAAAUAGAAGUUUCCCCCCUAGAGGGAGACUGUGAAACUGUAACCAACUCCAGGGAGCCGGCAGCUGUUUAUAGAUUACAAUCGUGGGAAUAGGCAUUUGACCUUGCAGGACAAUGUAUUCAGAAGCUUUGUUGUGUGCUUUCUACAAAACAAAUGCCCUACUGGAAUAGUUACAUGAGAAGGUGAAUUUGAUGACGACUUCGACUAGAAAUUUUGAACAGGCAGUGGGAAAUUUUGAACAGACAGUGGGAAAAUAUGUGGAGCCCACCCAGGAAUUAAAUCAGGAGUGUGUCCUGACAGAACAGGCCCAACAGGAAUAUGAGUUUUCGGAUUUGACAAAUGAACUUGGAAAAAGCCAGAUUUGGAAAGAAAAAGUUUGGUUUGGCUUGGAAAUGGGGGGCUGGAUUGACCCCCCUAUGCUGGGAUGUGUGGACUUUUCAAAUCUGGCAAUGGGCCGUGAGAUGUUUGGGAUGGUGGGGGCUCUUAAUUUUGGAGGGUCUUUGAAACAUGCUUUUAAAUACCAUAUGGAAUUCAGUGCUGAAUAUGGAAAAGGGGUUGAUCUGUCGAGAAGGGUUAAAAAUAUUGCCAAGCUGGUGUUACCACGAGCAGGAGACAAGGGAAAAUACAGUUACAAAUAUGAAGAAGAGCUGAGGAAGGGACAUGGAAGAGACUUGAGGGCCUCGGAUAUAAGGUUGCCAGGUUAAUGGGCCAGAUCAAUGGGAUAAUAAGGACUGACAAAACCCGGAGCCAGGAGGAAGGGACGUUGGAUGAAGAUUGGAUCUGUUUGUAUUUUUUUUUCUACCAUUAGAACUGUUUUAUAAAAUUGAUGAAUGUCAGAAAAAUGUUGGAAUGAAAUUACUCGGCUUUAGUAAAGAUGUUUAAAGAAUUAUGAAAGAAUAUUAUGGUUAUGAGAAGUUGGUAAGGAUAAGAUUUAAGUUUUAAGCUUUAAGGUUUAUUUUCUUAUAGAAAGAUAAGAUUAAAACUGUUUAGGGUAAUGUAAUGACAGAAUAUUAUGAAAUAUGGAAAGGAUUUGCUGGGAUAAUUAAUAACUAGGAUACAAAAAAAGAGAGGAGGAGGAGGUCAAAGAAAGAAGGUAAUGACAGUUGAGGAUUUGAGAAUAAUGAAUUUGUUUUUAAAUGUUCUUAAAUUGUAUUUUUGUUUUUUUUGUUUUGUGUCUUUUUUCUUAUUUUUGAAUUUGUAUUCGUAUGGUUGGAAGGGGUUUGUUUUUUUUUCUUUUUCUACUUUCUACUACAAUUCCAUUAUUCUUUGUAAUGGGUCAUUGUCAGAUGGUGGAUUUCCUCUUUCUCUUGCAACAGAAACCAGUGAUGUGGUCGGAAAGGUGUGGUACACAGAGUGUACACUCACACAAUGUUGCAUGUUAAGAAGAAGAAGAAGAGUUUGGAUUUGAUAUCCUGCCUUUCACUCCCUUUAAGGAGUCUCAAAGCGGCUAACAAAACAAUAAAAUACAAUAACCUAUUAAACAUUAAAAGCUUCCCUAAAUAGGGCUGCCUUCAGAUGUCUUCUAAAUGUUUGAUAGUUAUUUUUCUUUGACAUCUGGUGGGAGGGCAUUCAACAGGGUGGGUGCCACUACCGAGAAGGCCCUCUGCCUGGUUCCCUGCAACAUGGCUUCUUGCAUCGAGGGAACCGCCAGAAGGCCCUCGGCGCUGGACCUCAUCGUCCAGGCAGAACGAUGGAGGUGGAGACGCUCCUUCAGGUAUACUGGACCGAGGCCGUUUAGGGCUUUAAAGGUCAGCACCAACACUUUGAAUUGUGCUCGGAAACGUACUGGGAGCCAAUGUAGGUUUUUCAAGACCAGGGUUAUGUGGUCUCAGCGGCUGCCUCCAGUCACCAGUCUAGCUGCCGCAUUCUGGAUUAAUUGCAGUUUCCGGGUCACCUUCAAAGGUAGCCCCACAUAGAGCACAUUGCAGUAGUCCAAGCGAGAGAUAACCAGAGCAUGCACCACUCUGGCGAGACAGUCCAUGGCAGGAAAGGUCUCGUCCUGUGUACCAGAUGGAGGUGAUAAACAGCUACCCUGGACACAGAAUUGACCUGCACCUCCAUGGACAGCUGUGAGUCCAGAAGGACUCCCAGGUGAAGUCUCAUCUUUGAGACCCCACAUAAUCCUUCUUGGGAAAUCUUGCAGGAGCCACUCGCUGCAGCUAAGCAGCUAGCCCUCAUCUCCAAGGUAACCCCCCAUGUUCUUUUCCUCUCACAGGCAGACUGCCAAACGUAUGGGGAAAGAAGCCACCUGGCCUCCAUCCUUAGCGAGGAAGAGAACAAGCAUGUGGCCGCUGUUAUAGCAGGAGGAAAUGAUCCCGGAUUUCAUAUCUGGAUUGGACUGUUCAGAAAGAAAAAGGGCGGGAAGGUAAGUAAAGGGGGCAAACUCUCUUUUUCAUUUGCCUCUCAGUAGGAACAGCAGCCGGCAAGGGCACAGAGAAGCAGUCCAGAAGACGAGAGCUCCCUGCAGGGAAGGGAAGGGCAGAUAUUCCCAUCUCUGUAAGGGAGGAUGUGGGGCUCUGGUGAAGCUCUUAAUUCAAAGAGUAGCCAUCUGCCUGCAUCCCCAGGAUGCAACACAGGUCCCAUUUAUAACUCUCACAAUAUUACUUUAAUAAGGAUUUAAAUCAACAAAGUUGAUAUGUCCUUUAGCCUUGGAGCAAUACAGUGGUACCUCGGGUUAAGCAUUUAAUACGUUUCGGAAGUCCGUUCUUAACCUGAAACUAUUCUUAACCUGAAGCACCAAUUUAGCUAAUGGGGCCUCCUGCUGCUGCCGCGCCGCCGGAGCACGAUUUCUGUUCUCAACCUGAAGCAAAGUUCUUAACCCGAGGUACUAUUUCUGGGUUAGCGGAGUCUGUAACCUGAAGCGUAUGUAACCCAAGGUUCCACUGUAUUUGACUAUCCAGUUGGAAAGGAGGACAUACCGUCUUUUCUUCCUUUAACACUUCUGCAGAGUAGAGGGGUGUAGCAGGUGCAUUUCUUGUGCUGGGUGAUGGAGAACAGUUGAUCCUGGCUAGAUCUCCCCCAAGCAGUACAAGUCCUUGGGAUUUGAUCCCACCAGCUGAAAAUCAAUUCAUUGACAGCCUUGCUGUAAAAUCACACUGGGGAGAAGAGCUGAAGGGUGGGGGCAGGGGCAUAGGAAGGGUGAUGGAGAACAGCUGAUCCUGGCGAGAUCUCCCCAAGCAGUACAAGUCUGAGAGGUCCAACCGCCUCAUCUUCCUUGGGAUUUGAUCCCACCAGCUGAAAAUCAAUUCAUUGACAGCCUUGCUGUAAAAUCACACUGGGGAGAAGAGCUGAAGGGUGGGGGCAGGGGCAUAGGAAGGGUGAUGGAGAACAGCUGAUCCUGGCUAGAUCUCCCCCAAGCAGUACAAGUCUGAGAGGUCCAACCGCCUCAUCUUCCUUGGGAUUUGAUCCCACCAGCUGAAAAUCAAUUCAUUGACAGCCUUGCUGUAAAAUCACACUGGGGAGAAGAGCUGAAGGGUGGGGGCAGGGGCGUAGGAAGGGUGAUGGAGAACAGCUGAUCCUGGCUAGAUCUCCCCCAAGCAGUACAAGUCUGAGAGGUCCAACCGCCUCAUCUUCCUUGGGAUUUGAUCCCACCAGCUGAAAAUCAAUUCAUUUUACAGCCUUGCUCUAAAAUCACACUGGGGAGAAGAGCUGAAAGGUCGGGGCAGGGGCGUAGGAAGGUGGGUGCGGGGGGUGCGGACCACCCUGGGUGUCAUCCGUGGGGGGGGAUGACAAAAAGGCACCACCGCCGCUGUUGUGCGCCAUGGAUCGCCCUGCCUCGCGCAGCAGAUCACUCCACCGCCACCGUUGUGUGCUGUGGAUUGCCGUGUGUGGUGGGUCACCCUGCUGCCAUUGCAUGCUGCAUGCACGGCGGAUCACGCCCCCAGCUUGCACCGCUCCUGCCGAGUGCAUGGCAUGGUUGUCGCUCCAGGUGCCCAUGCAGCUAGCUCCGCCACUGGGUCAAGGUCCUCGAAUCAAUGCGGCUCACUGCUGCCUCCAGAAGUCUUAAGGAAUGGGUGCCCUCGCAGCACCCCUGGCCUCAAAUGGAGUCCUUGCAGCUCCUCUCAAGGAUGGGCAAAGUCUCAGGGAGGUAUCCCAGUGUGUCUUAGGCUGAAGCUGCUUGGGGGUGAUUGCUUGGUGCCACAACAAAUGAUCCCUUUGGACUCAUGUCCCUGGGAGUCAGUUGGUAGAACAAUGGGAAUCUUCAUCUCACGGUUGUGGGUCCGAGCCCCACGCUGGGCAAGAAAUUAUUGCAUUGCAGGAAGUUGGGUCCCUUGCAACUCUACGAUUCUAGGAAUGUGCCCCCAAAGCUCCACGCCCAGUGAGGCCAAACCAGCCACGCUCCCCUAAAUCCGAUUCUGAAUGAGGCAACUGGAAGCUCCUGUUCCUUCCUCAGCAAAGACUUUUUGCUCUCUCUACAGAAUGUACAGUUAAGAUGGUCUGAUACCGCCAAUUUUGAAUACGCAGCUUGGGCAGAAGGACAGCCAGACAAGAGCGGAUACUGUGUCGAGAUGUUUGGGGAUGGUAAGAAGGGGGCUUCAUAAGCUGAAGACCUUUGCUUCUUUGUAUUCUGUGAACCUUGAUUCCAUUCUAUUGAUUAUUGUUAUCUAUAUAAGGCCUUUCAGGACAUACCGUAUUUUUCGCUCUAUAGGAUGCACUUUUUCCCCUCCAAAAAUGAAGGGGAAAUGUAUGUGCGUCCUAUGGAGCGAAAGCAAGCUCCCUGGCUUCAGCAAUAGCAAUGUGAAGCCUCCGAAGCCUGCGCUCCGGAGGCUUCGCGUUGCUUUCGCUGAAGCCAGGAGAGUCUGGUCUUUGAGGCUGGCGGUGGGGGAAAGCAGCACUUCCCCCCACCGCCAGCCCCACAAGAAUUCCACAGCUGGAAUUCCCCCACCUCCUAGAAAAGCCCACAGGAGCCGCACAUCCUUUAAAGAGCACGCAGCUCCUGCGGGCUUUUCGACCGAGCUUGUGGGGCUGGCGGUGGGGGGAAGUUUUACAUUUAUCCAUGCUGGUUUCUAAACGUGGAGGGAGGGAGGCAGGUCUGACGGUUCUUCUUUGCUGUUUUCUCUAGAUUUUGAUAUGUGGAAUGAUACCGACUGCGAGAACGAGAACUAUUACUUGUGCAAAAUGCCACUGUAGAGAUGGGCAUCCUUCACUACUGAGGCUCCGACAAGCUCAGCACCUUGGAGAAUGGGACCAACCUGGAGGUCUUUUUCUUCCACCGGGGCAUUUGUUCACCCGCCCACAUUGCAUCCCCAUGCCGUAGCCUUUGAGAUGUCUCCAUCUUGAGACUUCAAUAAAGAAAUUCUCCUCCGUA